AUUUGGCUAUUGUCAACAUUUUUAGGAGGCUUUGUGAUAGCAUUCGUGAAGGGGUGGCUUCUUACACUGGUCCUGUUGGCCCCUCUUCCUCUGCUUGUAAUAGCAGGUGGAGCCAUGGCCCUUGUCAUAUCCAGAAUGGCAUCCAACGGACAAAAUGCUUAUGCUAAAGCAGCAACUAUAGUUGAACAGACUAUCGGCUCAAUUAGAACAGUUGCAUCAUUUACCGGGGAGAAGCAAGCUGUGGUUAAUUACAACAAAUCUCUUCUAGAUGCUUAUAAGUCGGGUAUUCAAGAAGGCUUGGCUACCGGAUUGGGUUUUGGAUCAGUUAUGUUUAUCACAUUCGGCACUUAUGCUUUGGCUGUAUGGUUUGGUGGAAAGAUGAUAGUAGAUAAGGGAUAUAGCGGAGGUUCAGUGAUUAAUGUAAUUAUAUCUGUCUUGGUUGGUUCCAUGUGAGUGCACGCCACUUUUAAACCUUACAUA